AUGGCGUGGUCUCUCCACCCUAUUCGAACAUUCUCCACAUCAAAGAUACAAGCUAUGUUGACCACGGAGCUUUCCGAGGCAGAAGUGUCUGCUCUCAGAGCCAACAAAGAGCGACUGGCCGAAGACUUGCACCAUUCCUGCCAAUGGGGAUAUGGAAUCCGAUGGGGAGAGGGCCCUACAGAUACAGGCAUGCAGCGCUUAGCGCUCUCGGAAGAAGACAGAAGUGUCCGCAAUUGGUUCAUCAAAACCAUGCAAGACCUUAAAUGCAAUGUCACCGUGGAUGAGAUGGGCAACAUCUUUGCUGUUCGCCCUGGUCGGAGAGCAGGUGUACCUCCUACCUUCAUCGGCAGCCAUCUUGACACACAGCCCACUGGUGGGAGGUACGAUGGAAUCCUGGGUGUUUUGUCUGGAAUUGAAACCAUCAAGACCAUGAACGACAUGGGUCUGGAAACGGAAGGAGGAGUUGGAGUUGUUAACUGGACCAACGAGGAGGGAGCUCGAUUCCCAAUCAGCAUGAUUUCAAGUGGUGUAUGGGCUGAGUGUAUCCCAUUGGAGCAGGCGCAUGCUCUCCAGGAGGUGCCAACGGUUGCCUCGUUACCUACAGCAGCAUCUGCACCAGAGACAAUGAAGAGUGCACUGCAGAAGAUCGACUACCUUGGCGAUGUUCCAUGUUCAUACAAGUCGACGCCGAUGGCAGCUCACUUCGAAUUACACAUCGAGCAGGGCCCACAUCUUGUGUCGGCAGGCCAGCGCGUGGGAGUGGUUACGGCUGUGCAGGCGUAUAAAUGGUUCAGGCUCAACGUCAUCGGGCGUGAUACACACACUGGCACGACGGCAUUCGAACACCGUGCAGAUGCUCUUUAUGCAUUCUCUCGUAUGAUGGUGCGAGCGCGCGAGGUCGCAGCUGCAAAGGGCUGUCUGGCUAGUGUUGGUAUCGUGGAGGCCAAGCCUGGCAGUGUGAACACAGUUCCCGGGCUGGUGAGCUUCAGCUUGGAUAUCCGUGGCCCCGAAACAGAACUUGUUGUCGAGGUUGAGAAGGAGCUGAGGUCUGAGUUCGACGCUAUCGCAGCAGCUGAAGGUGCUGGCAUUGGUAAACCCUGUCGUGUUGAAUGGACUCUGGACUUUGACUCGCCGGCCGUCAAGUUCCAUGAGGACUGCAUUGAUUGUGUGCAGCAGUCAGCACAUGCUGUUGUUGCCGAUGCGCCUGUUGCUGACACCAAAUCGCUUGUGCGGUCAAUCAUGAGCGGUGCUGGUCAUGAUAGCGUGUUCACCUCGAAGCGUGUUCCCACUAGUAUGAUCUUCAUUCCUUGCAAAGACGGUCUUAGCCAUCACCCCGAGGAAUUCUCCACUGCCGAGGACUGUGCCACUGGAGCAUCGGUCAUUCUGCAGGCUGUGGUUCGCUAUGACCGGAAGAGGUUCACGUAG